AAGUGACAGCAGUUUCACUGCCAACAUGAAGGUUCUCCUGCUUUUGGGAUUGGUGGCUGUUGCCCUGGCUGACGUCACUCGCUUUGAGGGCGAGAAGGUCUUCCGCCUGAAGCCUGUGCUUGAUGAACAUGUGACCCUCAUUAAGGACUUGGCUGACAGCAUCGAGGUCGAUUUCUGGAGGCCCGAGAGUGCUGAGAUGGUGACUAUCGAUAUUGACGUGGACAUCCACGUUCCCGCCAUGUACCUGGACAUGGUCUACACCAUCCUGCAGCAGAGCGAUAUGGAGCACGAGGUCCUGAUUGAGGAUCUGCAGGCCUCCAUUGAGCAUCAGGCUGACAACGGUCCCACACCCAGGACUCACAGCUACACCAAGUACAACACCUGGGACAAAGUCCAGUCAUGGAUCGACUCCAUCUCUGCCUCCAACACCAAUCUGAUCAGCAAGCAGCUGAUCGGACACACCUAUGAGGGACGUCCCAUGAAUCUUCUCAAGCUCGGUAAGAAGUCCAGCUCCACCAAGCCCGCCAUCUUCAUGGACUGUGGUAUCCACGCCAGAGAAUGGAUCUCUCCUGCUUUCUGCCAGUGGUUCGUCAAAGAGGCUCUGUCCACCUACGGCUCCAACUCCGACAUGACCAGCCUGCUCAACCAGAUGGACGUCUAUGUUCUGCCCAUCUUCAACAUUGACGGCUACGACUACACCCACAAGAGCAACAGGAUGUGGAGGAAAACUCGUUCCAGGAGAUCUGGAUCCAGCUGCAUUGGAGCUGAUCCCAACAGGAACUGGAACGCCGGCUGGUGCAGCAUGGGCGCCUCCAGCAACCCCUGCAGCGACACCUUCUGCGGAUACUCACCCGAGUCUGAGAUUGAGGUCAAGAACGUGGCCAAUUUCAUCCGCAAGAACAAGUCCAGCAUCAAGGCCUACCUCACCAUCCAUUCCUACUCCCAGCUGCUGCUCUUCCCCUACUCCUACACCUAUGAGCUGGCUGCUCACCACAGCGAGCUGAUGAAGGUCGCCGUGGACGCCUCUAAUGCUCUGCGUAGCCUGUACGGAACCCGCUACACCAGCGGACCUGGAGCAACCACCAUCUACCCUGCAGCCGGGGGCUCGGAUGACUGGGCCUACGACCUGGGAGUGAAGUAUUCCUACACCUUUGAGCUGCGUGACACUGGCCGUCACGGCUUCCUGCUGCCCGAGUCUCAGAUCAAGCCCACAUGCGAGGAGACCAUGCUGGCCGUCAAGCACAUCGCCAAGUACGUGCAGAACCACCUCUAUUAAAGAGCCCAACUGCCAGGACCCCCACCAACUGAGCUCCUCCGCACCAGCCCCCGGCCCUGCCAACCUCUCAGCCAUCUCCUGCCAGUAACCAUGGUUACGGCCACCUCCUGCCAUGUUUCCUUGCUGUGCUUGACAGAAUGUCAAGAUGAGUGCAAACAAUAAAAUCAAUGAUCCAUCUCUAGGUGGCGAAUCAA